AUGGGAGCUUGUUUCUUCAUUAUCUUAAUCAUCUCUACUACUCUUUGUGUUAAAAUCUUCAAUCUUUACAUUAAGAAAACAAUUCCGCAGCUCCCUCCAGGCCCCCUCACAAUUCCAUUAUUUGGCAACCACCUAUGUCUCCUUCUAAAGCCAUUGCCCCACGUUAAGGCCCUUCGUGAAAGAUAUGGUCCUAUUUAUACCCUUUAUAUAGGCUCAAAGCCCUUAAUCGUUAUUGCCAGUCACUCCGUUGCUCGCCAAGCCUUGAUUUCUAACGCUGCCAUCUUCGCCGACCGUCCCCAAGCGACGGCCACAGAUAAAUUCCUCAGCUGUGAUCAACACAACAUCAGCUUGGCAUUCUACGGCCCUACAUGGCUCCGGCUCCGCCGUAAUCUCACUUCCAAUAUCAUUAGUUCUUCACGCAGAAAAUCCUUUUCGUGUGCACGUAAAUGGGUCUUGGAUUCACUCAUCAAUCGCCUUAAGUCUAAUGAAUAUCAUCAUCAUCUACCGAUUCAAGUAAGGGAGCAUCUACUACAUGCACUCUUUAGUUUGUUUGCUUUCAUUUGCUUCGGCGAGAAGCUUGAAGACAAGAAAAUUCAAGAUAUAAAGAACACGCAGCAAGGCUUGCAGUCGAGUUUCGAUCGGUUCAAACUACUCAACCUGUUUCCGAGUUCGGGAAAGUUCUUCUUUCGCAAGCGUUGGCAAGAGCUUCGUCGGCUUCGACUUGAUCAGGAGGAAGUAUUGGUCCCUUUGAUAAGAGCCAGAAAGGCAAUGAGGGAUGAACAUGGUCGUGCGGAGCCUUUCAUCCCCUACGUCGACACAUUGUUUGAUGUGCAUCUUAUAGAGGAAAAAAGAAAGCUUGAAGAACAAGAAAUCGUGACAUUGUGCUCUGAGUUCUUCACCGCCGGCGCUGAUACUACUUCCACUGCUCUAGAAUGGAUAAUGGCUAAUUUGGUGAAGCACCCACAAAUUCAAGACAAGUUAUUCGAGGAAAUCAAAGGAGUUAUCUCAGAAGGAGAAGUACUGGAGAUUAAGGAUGAACAUUUGGGUAAGAUGCCAUACCUUAGAGCUGUUAUCUUAGAAAGUUUAAGGCUUCAUCCUCCUACCCAUUUCCUAAUCCCACGUUGUGUGACGAAAGACGUUGUUCUGGGUGGCUUUUUGGUGCCAAAGAACACUAUUGUAACGUUUAUGGUAUCGGAAAUGGGUCGGAAUCGGGACGUAUGGGAAAAUCCGAUGGUUUUCGACCCGGAGAGAUUCUUUAGGGACGGUGAUGGAAGAAAAGAAUUCGAUUUUAGUGGAACGAAAGAGAUUAAUAUGAUGCCAUUUGGUGUAGGGACAAGGAUGUGUCCAGCGUAUCGUCUUGCAAUGCUUCAUUUGGAGUACUUGUUGGCAAACUUAAUCUGGCAUUUUAAUUUUGAGUGUGCAAAUGAAGACGUGGAUUUGACUGAGAAACAUGAAUUCACAACCGUCAUGCAGAAUCCUUUGCAGGUUCAAAUCACUCCUAGAUUAUAA